CGGGAAAUGAUUGGCGCGGAUUCAGGACAGUUUGCAUGGGUCUUGUUCUUGACAGCGAGAAAAUUUUAACAUUUCUUUGCUUUGCGUUGUCGGUCAUUUACGGUUUGUGUCCGAUCAGCCGAUGGAACAACAAGUUCUGAGCUCGUUACCCGCGGAGAUUGCUCCGUCGGGAGGCGGAACGGCAGAAAUCGGGUCGAUCUCGAAGGAAAGUGAACUGGUAAGUUUUGGUGACUUUUGUGGUUCAGCUGCAUCGUACGUAUCUUUGACAGUUGGUUAAUUAUCAUCGUUGAACACUAACAUAAAAUCUUUAAAAUAUCCAGCCUCAUAUACGUCUGACAACACAGACGAACAGUUCUUGAAUCCUUCUAAAGUUCUGAAUCUUAUAACAGUUUCAUCAAAAGUGUCAAGUCAUGAUCUGACACAUUCGGGAUGUUGUUGAUGCCCAACUAAGGAUCUACAGGUCAUAAUCGAAACAAAAAUAAAUGUUGAUUUCCAGUUUGCGGCUCCAAACAGAACCCGGAUCUAGUUUACCUGAGCGAACUGAAGUAAAAUAUCGAAGACGUGAUAUUUGAGCUCUUGAUUGUUCUGUUAGCGUAUCGAUGGGCGAUGAAAUCAGUCUGGUCGUUUGCUACACUUCACUGUUUAUACUCAAACGUAGUCUUUGUGAAAUUUGCGGUGAUUAUUAGUUCACUAGUUUCAUUGGUAUUUUGUGCUAAGAAUAUCUAGCUUUCUCUGUAUUUGUGCAUCGGAAGGAAAAACGCACGCAACAUUUCCGCUUUCAUUUGAAUUCUAUGUUUAAUUUUCAUCGUUAAGAAAAAUACCACCGCAGGCCUUGUGACGUUUGCUAUAAUUUUUGGCCGAGUGAUAAAUAUUGUCACUUUCGUUUAUUUGAUCGGCGAGAACGCGAUAGACUUCCGCUAGCCUAAACGACUUAAGACAAAUUGCAUCUGGUACACCGUCCGAUUAAAUGAUAGUAUCAUAUUUUGCAUCGCGAUAAGCUUGAGAGCUUCCUCCCGCGGCCAAACACGAACGGAAUUAGUGAGGUUAUCGAACAUUUCAUCGAUCUAUCUGCAGUGAAUGGUUAUCUUGUAAUAAAAUGAGUAAUGUGGCUGGAGAAAGACAGCUUACCUUUAUUGUGCUCUAGACAAGUGUCAUAUGUCUGACAGGUCAAGAUUUGAAGUAAUAAUAAAAUCUUGAUUAAAAGUAUUCAUUACAAAGACACGAACUAUACGCAUUGUAGAAAAGGCGUCCGUUGGAACAUUGGCCAAACAACAGUUUGUUUCUGUGAUCUUAUUCCUAAUUACCGUUCAAAUUGAAUGGAAUCCGCUCCUGAAUUUAUCUGCAAAGUUUGUGGAAACACGAUGUUGGCCCAAGAAACAUAUCAGGUUUGAAAUCACAAACAAUGUCAUACACGCAAUAAACAAUCUCGACGUUCAAAGCACUUCACUCAGAUAGUAUUGGGUUUUGCUUGGAAUAUUUGUACUUUUCGCACAGGAGCUAUGCAGUUAAUUAUUCAUUUUUAGGCAGUUCUCCAGGAAUGCACAUACCGGCUUCUUUUUAGACAAAGGGUGACUCAAGUGAGUGAGAUUGAAUGUCAGAAUAUUGCAGCUUUACUCAGCAACAACGUAAAGGAUUUACAGUUAAAGAUACUUAAGAAUCAUUGAAACUCAACACUCACAUAACUUUGGCAGGGUCAAAGUUGGAAAAAGAAGUAGUUACAGAUAGAAAUCAAGUUAUAUUCUGAUUGAGAACAAUAUUGUGUCUGUUAAUUUUAUCCCUGGUACACAGGGGCGUAUAACUCCUUGAGAGUUCUGACCUCAAACAUAGUCAUACUGUGUUGAAAACAAAUUUAGUUCACUCAAAGUAAAUUAUUACACAUUUUUUACAACAUGAAUGUAUAAAAGCAGAUUUAAUUUUCUGAAGAGACCACUUUGGAAAGCCACGAAAUGUCAAUUUUUCUAUUUCAUGUUCCUCAAGUGUUAUAGGUAAAUUUUUUUCUCAAAGUGGCAUUUUCAAAAAAUUGAAAAAUUCAUCAAGCCUUUAACUCCCAGAAGUGAUCGACAUGAAACUUCUCCUAAUAAUAUCCUAUAUUCAAACUUAUUAGGUACAAGUUGUUGUCUUGAUCUAACACCAAAUUCUCAUAACUAAUCUAAAAGAAAAUGUGUUGUAGCUAGAGAGGAGAAUUACUAAUCAGAUUUUGAGAGUUAAAAGGUUAAUUAAAGAAAGUGAAAUCUAAUCCAUGCUGUAGAGAGUUGUCAAACUCACAUUCCAGAUAUGUUCCAGAUAUGUGUGAGGCUUCCUGUUCAUUAGUUAUGAAAUGAACACAUUUCUAUUCUUUCUAAAGAAAAUAAACCUUACCACAAUUGUUGUGGCCUAAGGUCUCUUUUUUAAGUAAUUAUUUUUUUUAAUUAUUAUGAGAGGCUGGAACACAUUUCUAAAAUUGACUGGAAUGAAAAAUGUAACUUAUCAUAAUGACAAUUUUCAAAAGAAAAUGUCCUUAUGAUAUAAGGGUUUGUGGAUGUGAUGUUGUGCUGUAUCCUUGGUUGAUGUUAUUCAUCUCUAAAUUUAUUUUGUAGUCUGAUAUUUUAUGAACAAAAAGGAGUUUUAAGCCAUUAAUAUUUAAGCCCCCCUGGUUCAAAAUGAGGUUUUGGUCAUUAUGCUUGGAAAAUAAAUAUUAUAAUAGCUAUUUGCUUGAGUUCUGUAUUUCAUGUAAUUUAGACAAUUGGUGAUAAUGACAAUUAUAUUUUCACUUUAAUGAAGAAGUUUGAAUCUCUUGCCAAAACCAAGAUCAUGUCAUGUUUUUUAAUUUACAUUUUAAGUGUAAAAUCACAAAACCACAGAGAGACAAAAUGAUCAUUGUUACAUGAAAAGCAGUGUUUUUUCGCAUAAGAAUUAGCAACUGAUUUGUGUCUUGUCUUUCAAAAAAAAUAAUUUUGGAAUGUUGUAGUGUUACCCAUUGCUUAAGUAACACAAUCUUGUGGCCUGAUAUGCACUCUGAAGACAAGUACUAGCACAUCUGUGCCGUGUGGUGUUUGUCUUUGAUCUAUGAUUGGCUCAAUAGUCAAUAUGAAAUAAAUUUAAUAAUGAGCUUGGAUUGUAUAAUUGAGUCUCAUUUACUCUUAAUAAUAAAAAAGCUCAUUACUCCAUUUACACUCGGUGUCAUUCAUAUCCCGAUUUGCUCCAGAUGUGAUGGACUUCUACGGAAUUUAUGUAAGUCUCGUAUACUUUUUUGUGAGGAACUACAACACAGGAUAUAUGAAAUCCUCAUUUUUUUAUGUUGGUAUCUUGUAAAUACAUCGCAAAUAUGUGCAUAUCGUGUACAGUUAUUUAAGACAGUCUUGCAUUUCUCAUUUAGCAAAGAAUUUUUGUGUCUGGGAAUCAAUCUGUACUGUGACCGUCUGUGAAAUCUUCCCAAAACCUAGGAAAUUUUUUUUUGUUGGGAACAGUACUUCCUUCUCAAUUUGAACAACUGUUCAAUGAUGUAUAAUCUUGCCAAUUGAACAGAUAGAAAUAAGUACAGUGUAAGUGCCAGCACUUUGUUUCAAUACAAAUUUCAGUCAUUAAUUUUGAAUUUGAAUCAGAUCACAAAGGAAUUGGAAAAACAAAUAAGGAUAAAUUUCAAGUCAUGCACCCAAUUGAAUCUCCAUGCUUUGUAGGUUAACUGAUGUUUUGUGUAAUAGUGUGGAAAUAUGAAUCACAAUGUUCUUAUGUUUUUUAAUUUAACACUGAGAGUUUUCAAAAAUAUAUCCUGACACAAAACAAAUGUUUUGCUUUUUUGUAAGCUAUACAUUUUGAAAUAUUCAUGAAUUUGUCAUUUUUUUUCAAGCCUUAAUUACAUCUUAAAUGCAAAGAAGAUUGCAGCUUUUAAAUUUCUGUUGUCUGCAUGCAAUUAUAGCUUACUUUCUUUUAGGAAAAUUAAGUUAUAAAUGCAUGAUGCUGUAUUGAGAGGAAAGUUCUUUCUGGUAUGAUUUAAAAUAGGCUAAAAAGAGGGGAAAAAACCGAGGAGAUAAUUUUUCACAGACUGAAUUAUCAUCCAACAAGGAACAAUGUAGCUAUUGAAUCCAAAUUAUUUCUUCAAGGAGCUUAAAAUACUUCAGAGUUAGUUGAUAUUUUUGGAGUAGGAAAACUGAUUCUUGUCUUAUUUCCUUUGCCAUCUUUUCACCUUAUCCCUUAUUAUCUCCACAUUUUAUUUCUUCUUUAAAAUAAAAAAAAAAGCAUGUGUAUAGAAGGUGGAAUUGACAAAAAAUAAACUUUAGGAAACCCAAUGAUUGAGACAAACAAUAAGCUGUUCAUUAAUUAAUGUGGGAAGUGAUAAUCACUCCAUUAAAUAUUUGGAGCCACUAUGUAUUACAUGAUUAUACAAUUUGUCAUAUUCAUUACAGUGUAAAUACAGAGAAAUACUUAGAGGGCAGAGGGAGAAGCUUUUUAAUGAACUGUUAAUUUACUUUUCCUCUUAUCCUUUUUCUCUAGCAGAACUUGAUGUUAUCAGUUGUAAAAUAACAAUUAAAAGCUUAAGAAUGAAGUAGUAUAGAGAACAGACGUUUUGUAGAAGUAUAAGUGUAACCUUUCACAUCUGAAGUAAAAUUUUUUUUCUAGUUUUGAAUUGGUAUUGCUUAGUCAAGUUGAAAUUUCCCAUGUCUAAUAUUGAAACUGUCUAUGAGAAAUACUCUGCUUUUCUCAUCUUUAAAUUAUAAAAUGUAGUUGUGAGAUGUCGUAAAGUGUAAAUAAGUGUUAAAUAGGUAAAAAUGGUACAUGGAUUAGAACCAUUAGGGGCGUCGUGGAACAUAAUUAAAUUGUGCUACAUGGUUAGUCAUAUCUCAAAUUUAAUUUCAACCAAAGGAAAGUGUGUCUAAACAGAGUUAGAAUAGAUACCUGUUAUGGAACACACUGAGCAGGUGAAAGAAGGUUCUCUCCCAUCCCUUUGGCUCUGCUGUUGUGUACCAAGUUUAGUGACCCAUGUCCCAAUAGAUCUUAAAUUUAAAUGUGACAAUAGCCCCGGAGCUGAUGUUAUGACUUGAUUAACAUACAAAUUCUCUGAAUAUCAUUGCCAUGUUACCUUUUGUUUUGUUUGGAGAAUUCCCAGUGAAUAUAUAUUCUACCAGUUGUUUGUUUAAUUUACUUUUUAAUAGCCACAGUUGACAUGAUUAGUUGUUUGCAGUUUGUGUUUUGAAAACAGUUACAACAUUUGUCAGUGUGAAUUCAAUUUUUUUUUUUUAAGAGUCUCAGUGGGAAAAAUAUGAAUAAUUACUUAUAGAGUUCAUAUGUAGUGCUCAUUAAAGGAAGUUUUUAUUGCGAAAAUGGUGUGUUGAUGAACCUUACAUCUUAGAGUGUUCUGCAGCUGGUAGGGCAGAGGUGUUAAAUUAUUCAUAACUUGUGUUGAAACUAAAUUAGAUUGCUUUGAAGCCUUCCAAACUACAUGUACAUGCAGGGGUCACAGCGAAAACUCAGGAUUUUUAUCAUGGAGGUGAAGUUUUCUUUGUCUGUUAGUCUCCUUUUUUCUUUUGUAUAUUGUUGCAAUAACUGUUUAGCCCCCAUGUUGAAGGAGACUGAGCCAUUGUUCAGAUUCAUGGUGUUAAAGUGAAAGUACAACUGUAUUCAAUUUCUUUUACUACAAAAUAAUGUGUUUUACUUGCGGACUUUAUGUAAUCAGAUUGUAGUAGUGUUUGACUGUGUGAAAUUGUCAGAAUAAGUAGCAAUUCAAUCUCUUGCUUUAGUGUCUUGGGAUUUUGAUACAGGACUUCAAUGGCUAAAUUAUUUUUGUUCAACAUCUAUGUGUAUGUUUAGUUAAGGUAUGAGAUAAGUUUCACUUGUGGUUAUUUUAUGGAAGCCAAAUAUUAACAUUACAUAGUUCACUCUGUUGGAAAUGUUUAAAAUUAUGAUAAUUUGGCAGACACUAAAAAACAGAAGAAAAUUUCAGGCCAUUGUUCCCAAGCCAGUGUUUCAUUAGUAUGACCUACUUCCAUUGUCUUCACCCAACCAGAGUACAAUCAUAUAUUACAAUUUCCUUUGACAAUUUCUGAUCCAUAUUGUUAAAUUUUUUGAUCAAUGAUUGAUUUUAGAGAAAAUCAUUUUUAGAAACAAAGAACUGACAGAAAUUUUGUAUUUGGGUUAAAGUUUUGUGUCAGGCUAAUUACUUUACUAGGUACCCUUGUGUUAUGAAAGGGAACUUUUUACUUCAACUAAAGCUAAUUUAGAGGCAGGUUGUUGCAUGGUAGUCUACUAAACUGCAUUAAUAAUGAAUGUCACCGAGCAAGAAUUUGUUUUUAUAUGGAAAGACCACAAUAAGUUACUGAUGAAUUAUUAAUUAGGCUUAGGCACUUCUCAAUGGAAGGCUUCCAAGUAACCUUUUCACAGUCUCUUUCUCACAGAAAUGUUUAAUUUUAUGAAAUCAGAGAUUUGGAAUGGAAAAAUCCAGUUUGGAAAGUAACUAUCAAUAAUCCUGAAAACAAUGAAUUGAUUUAAUGAUAGAAAGAAAGAACUUCUAGCUAUGUUCCCUGAGAUGUAUUAAAUAGAAAAUUUUUUAUACAGGAGUUUUUGUUGUUGUUUUUUUUUACCUCAUAUUGCUGUAGCUUUUCUCUUACCAUAAAAAUUUUAAAUUUGUUGUGGACAAACACCAUUAUAAUGCUGUUUUUUGUUUGUUUUUGUUUGUUUGUUUGUUUUUUUUUUGUGAUAGCUUAAAUUGAGGUCAUCCUUUAUAUGAAUUUUGGAAAAAAAAAUCUCAUUUUCAGUAAAGGAAAAAUGAUAAAUUCUUGCAGAGAGUAAUUACAUUGUAAGGCUGGAAGUACUUGUUGUCUAACUAACCAUGAGUUCAGGUCACUUAUGGUAACUGUGAGUCUUGCUAGGUUAGUUCUUAUGAAACCCUUUGGACAGAAAAGUCAACACCAUGUAAUCCCUACCCUAAACAGUCUGAUUGGAUUCUAAUUUUCAAAGUCCCCUUAUUCUUUUUACAUUUUUAUUGCCUUACAAUAACUUUUGACAAUUCCAAUUAUAACUGUUGACAAUUUUUUUUGUCCGUUUUUAUUAGGUUAGCAAUGGUGUCCAGUACACGCAGCCACUCUCUCUUCAACCCUACACAGAGGUUGCUGUGGCUCCACCCAUGGACCCUACCCAACCAUUACAAUUACAGACACAGACACACCAGCUUCAGCCAUCAGAACUACUCACACAGAAUGGUGACACAGGACCAAAGAGGCUACAUGUCACUAACAUCCCUUUUAGAUUUAGAGAUCAUGACUUAGUUCAAAUGUUUGGGGUUUGUAUUUCAAUUAUUGUUUUAUUGCUUUUAGACUCCUUAAACUCUCAUGAGAGACAAAGACAGAAUUUCUCCUUAAAGUAUCAAAACACUAUCAGGCAGACAAGUGAUGAGAUUAGAGAAAAAUAUCAAUUAGUGAAUUAACAUUUGAUCCAAUGCCAAUUUCUCUUCUGAAUCAAAAUCACAAGAAUUGUGUGGAAGACAGUGAGUGGAAUUAUUAAGAAGGUUGUGACAGUGAAAGGGUGAACUCUAUCAGGAUGUUGAUCAUGUAUCACAGAUCAGAGAAUUCUCCAGCUACAAAGGGCUGAAAUCUCUCCCUAAUUUUCACUGGCCAGUCAAGUGCUUUUUUACCUGGAGGUGAAGGACAUCCCCUUUUUACAUUACAGUAUUUUGCUAUAUUCAUUUCUUCUUAAAAACCCUGGUAUAUUGAGCUUUUUUAUUUGUGUAUCAUAGAAGCAAAAUAAAUUGUGCAGUCAGAUCUGGUUGAUUACAGCAAAUGAAAAGAAUCUCAAGAGUAACUGAUAUCAAAUUUUUCCCAAUAAUAUCACCCUUAAAUCAAAUGUUAAGGUCCUGAGAAUAAAUGAAAUUAUCUAUAACUUAGAAAGCAUACUAUUGUUAGACAAAUUUCUUGUGUCAGUACAGUAAGAGACGUGUAGAGAACAGUGAAGAAUACACAUACUUACAUGUAUGUUAGGUUAAGGGUUGAUUCCAAAUUGCCCUGUUAACCCUUUGGCCCCUAGCAUCUAAUUUCUCCUUACAAUAUCAUCCCUAAAUCACACUGUAAGGUCAUGAGAAUAAAGGAAAUGAUCACCAACUAAAGAAACUCUUCAUUGCUAAACAAAUUCUCCUUGUCAGCACCUCAGGAAGUGUAUAGAGUAGAGUAAUUAGAAUAUGUAUACUGAUGUCAGGGUGUAAAGGGUUAACUAUUUGAGAAAAUUUGACAUUUUUUUCUCAGUAAAUAACAUUCCUAGAUAACAAAGAUAGUAGAUAGGAUACAUUAAUGUUAUUUAAGAUGAGAAGAGGUUACAUACUGUGUACUAUACAACAGAGUACUUGGAUCUUAUUGUAUCCAGCUGUUAUGAUAACAUUACAUCUGGUCUUUUCCACAGCAAUUUGGUUCUCUGGCAGAUUGUGAAAUCAUCUACAAUGAAAGAGGAUCAAAGGUACUGAAAAGUUGAAAUAUGUCUUGAUUGGUACAUGUUAAGUGCAAUUGAUUUGUCCUAUGAAUAUAACUAUAUCAAAUGGGAAAAAUAAUACAUGUUUCAAUAAAGUUUUUUCUUUUUUUUUUUGAAGUUGAAAUUCAAUACCUUUAACAAGAUUGUUUUGAGUUGGGGUAAAACAUACAUAUCUUGUCCAGUUUGUUCAGAGAUCUUUCAGAUAUUUUUUUUCCUGUACGUCAUUCAUCUCAAGCUGAAUAAAAGUUUUUGGGUAUAGGGUUGUUUAAGGAAUGUGAACCCAAGAAGUAAGAGUUUACUUGUGUCCUCAAUGUGCACAUCCUUAAUUUACUUAAAAAAAAAAAAAGCUGUGGAUGUAGUAGCACCUUCAGAGUCAUCAACCCAAACCCCAAGCAAGUUAUUUAAAAAAAAAGACCCAAUGUGAAUGUUCUAGCUAUUUUGAACUAAUCAGAAACAAUAAAAUGAUGACUUGGAAAAUGAUCACGAACUGUAUUUUCUAGGGUUUUGGAUUUGUGACAUUUGUGAAUUCUGCUGAUGCAAUGAAAGCAAGGGAAAAACUGAAUGGAACUAUCGUGGAUGGAAGAAAAAUAGAGGUUGGAAUCUAAUUUUUGUGAAGUGUAGUUUACUUGUUUGCAUUCCACUUUUAUGUAAUCCACUUUGUGUUCCUGCAUGUGUGCAUGAUUCCACAUUGACACUGAUAAUUUUUCACUUAGGUAAACAAUGCAACCCCUCGACCGCACGCCAAAAAAAGUCCGGGCCAAAAUCGAGGACCCUUAACCAAUGGUACAGCAUGCUUUGUUCCCCUUCUCGUUUCAUUGAUCUGUAGUGGCAUGUUCUGUGUGUAAGAGAUUGCAUGUGUCCUCCUGUAUGGAGUACUGAUUUGGCAGAUAAGUAUGAGUUGUAUGCAGUAAAAGGUUCGAUUCUUCAGGAGUAAAAUGUCUGCCAAAUAUUAGUGUAAAUUUGUCAUAUUUUUAUUUCCUUUGUUGUCAUAUCUGUUUUAGCAGUUAAAAUUUUGGUAAGGUGUUUAUUCUACAGUACUAAAUUUACUUGGAACAUGACUCUUUGGCUGGACAAAUUAAAAUUGUUAUUAUGUAGAUUUUGUACGUCAAAAAGUCGUAAGCGAUUCAUCAUUAAGCCAAAGGUUAUCAAAAAAGCAGGCUUACUUCGCACAUAUGAGUUUUAACAUUUUUAAAGUUGGUUUUAUGACGUUCAAGAGAGGUUUUGUUGCAAGUUUUCUGUAUGACUGAAUAAGGUUGUAUUUUUGCUUUGGAUCUUUUUGUCUGAAGUCUGCAAUUCAUCCAUCGUGCAAUUUGUAGGUAGUUUUGGCAAAGUUAUGUUGCUCCAAGUACAGUUAGGUUUCUCAUUAAAGUGCCAAGUUUGGAUUUCACUUUUUUUGCACUGUAAUGUUUGAAUGAAGAGCCAAUGAGCUCCGUAGACGUGUAGUCUUUCUUCCAGAGCAAAAGUUAUAACUGAUCACACAAUCAAACUUUUAUUCGGCGUGCUUCUCUGAUAUCUACUUCCACGUUCAAAAAGUGUCAUCUAUAUCGAACUUUUGUGUUCUAAAACACCAAUAAAUUGAAAAAACAGUUUAUGAGAGAGAUAAUGACCGUAAGUAACUGUGUUUUUCAGGUACAGCGUUUCGUGGCAUGAGAGGAGUUCGUCGGCCUUCGCCGGUAAACAAGUUUAGCACUCGGACAAUUCAACCUCAGGUCACUGCAUACAAUGGCGGCUAUACUGGGUAAGCAAAGGAUGCUUUAAAAACCCUUUGGUCAAAGUUCCAUGUUAUUACUUUAAUAUUGUGUAAGUAAAGGAUAUUUCGGCCAAACCAAACCAAAGCUAUUAGAGAAGAUAUUCAAAGUAAAAUGGAGAUAUCUGAAAGAGUAACGAGAGCGCAAAGUUAUAGCAAGGGAACUCUUUGAAGCGCGGGAAGUCGUGAUUCAUUUUAGUUUUAAAUAUGAUUGGUUAUGGAGGUGGCGCGGGUUUUUUUUUUUGACCAAUCAAAAAGCAAAGAAAAGCAAAAAACCAUGGUUUAUGAAAACUGCACAAGUCCAUUAUGAAGAAAAAAUGGUGUUAUGUCUGUUGACCAAAAAGUUUAACUUCUCUAUCGAUCCACUGAACGUACUGUUCUGCUUUAUAUUAUCCUUUUGCAAACUUACCUUACCGAACACUUUUGCCCACCAUUACAACCUCUUUUGCUUCUUGGGUGAAUUCAACCUAUGCCGCGUAUUGUUCGCAUAUUUCAAAGAAACGAAUCACAAAGCCAAACUGAACACGAUUUAAGUCAACUGUCAGUUGUAACCGCGUUCUUAUGGCGGGAAAUUAUUACAUUGUUAUUGGUUCAGCUUCCAGUACAUUGUGGAGAGAUUUAUCUUUUUUUUUAACCAGUGAUAUACAAAUAUGUUAAACUCUCUCUUUUCUCGUGUUUAUAUAUUUUGCCUAAGUCCAGCUUUAUUUAGUCAGAACUACUGGUGUAAUGGGAUUUUUGACUAUCUAAAACCUGAAAAUAUUCCGAAGACGGGAAGUUGGGGUUGACCCCGCCUUAUAGAGGGUUUACUGUGGCUUAGAUAAGCCUACUGAAAGCUGAAACAAUAACAAUGUCACUCUAAUAAUUUCCUGCCAAAAAAUCGCGGUCGCCACUACACAUGGAAGCCAGAAAUUCGAGCGUUUUUUGGAGGAAAAGCUUAAGCAUUAGAUCCAUGGAGUUCAGUUUUCCCGCAGGUUUUUCGUAUUUUACUCUCCAUGGUCUGUACGUUAAGCAUUUAGUUUCUUUAUGACUUAAAAGUGCUAAUACUCUGUGGCAGAGUAUACUUUGUAAUGAUUUAGUGUCCUUGGUUUGUCAGUCGUAUUGCAAAUUCAGCGGGUGUUUUUACCCUUAAUGCAAAGAUAAAAUGUUUGGUUUUUGUUUUCACCAUUUCAGAAGUUAUGAUGGAUAUGAACAGACAUAUGCUGCGAGGAGAAUAGGAAGUUUUGGGUAAAACUUCAUCUUGCUCUUGAUGUUUGUUAAUUUGUCUCACACUUUAUUCUUGCCUUUUUUCGUGAAUUUAUUUAUGUUGUUUGUGUAUUCCUCGCCAGAUAUGAGCCAGCGCCUUACGGAGGUGGAUAUGGUCCGGUAAAUAUCUUACUUAUUAUAUCGAUGUUUAUGAAAUAUUAGAAUUUAUCUUGUUUUGAAAGCGUUUUAUCUUCAUUGCUUGCAGUUAAUGUACUCUUUAUAUCUUUACAUGCGAAGAUAAUUAUUUCGUCAUGUCAACCAUGUUUAUUGACACGGCGAUUGUGCUUUUCUUUUCUGGAUAUAAAAGUGCUUCUUUUUUGUGUGAAGUUGGAACAUCAUUCUCCGCAACUUCGCCUCGCUCACUCAUGAGAAAUAGUGUCAGUACUCGAAGACAAAAUUCGUAUCUACACGUGGCUUUGUGACAUUCUUAAUUUAUUCUUUACAUCCCUUUCUGGCUGCGUGUGAUGUAGGGUUACAUCUUAAAUCAUUUUCACUUCUUUUUCGUUCAAACUGUAGUUGGUUUGAUUAUAAUUUCAGCAUUCUUUGUAGCUCCUUAAAAUGAUAAAAUAGGGACAAUUUGUCUUCGAGAUAUUUGCUAAACAUGAUCUACCAUCUCUCCUCCUUUCUAGCCAAACACGUACGCAGCCCCUGCACCCGCAUACCGUACAGCAGCGCCUCCCCAGGCCCCGCCGUCUAGUUACAGCACAGGCUACAGAUACGCUCCUUAUUAA